CAGGAAAUACCGCUCUUUCUCCCCGGUCACUGACACACACGACCAAAAGUUACAUACACCGUACCGACAUGAACUCAGACAGACCGUCAAAUCUAUCCGCUGAUGACCAGCUUGACCCUGAGGAUGAGCAACAGUUUGCAGCAGCCACCUGUGAGUCUAUCCGUCUCCCUGAGCUUCGUUUGAUCCUGCUGGGGUGGAGAUGGCCAGGUAAGAGCCUGACUGGCAACACCAUCCUGGGACGUGAGGAGUUCCGUCUGGAGCGUGCUGCUGAAUUCUGCGUGAAACGUGAAACCGAGGUGGAUGGACGCAAGGUAACUGUAGUAGACACACCUGGCUGGUUCUCAACCCAGAACACACCAGGGGAUUUCCAACAGGAGAUGGUCCGAAGUGUAAGUAUGUGCUCAGCGGGACCCCAUGCAUUCCUGCUGGUUAUACCUGUGGGCAUGUUCACAGAAACGGACAGGGCUCAUAUUGAGGAGAACUUGGCGCUGUUUGGAGAGGACAUAUGGAAGCACACCUUGGUGGUGUUCACCUGGGCAGAGGUUUUGAAGGACAGGUCCAUAGAAAGGCAUAUACGAAGGGAGGGUCGUGACUUGCAGUGGGUGGUGGACAAGUGUAAAAAAAGGUACCACGUCAUCAAUAACUAUAUUUUUGCUGAAAACCUGCAGCUGCCCCAGCUGAUGGAUAAGGUUGAGAAGAUGGUGGCUGAAGAAGGCGGUUACUUCACCCUUAAGACAGAUGAAAAAAAAACACAAAGUCAUGCUCAGAGUCUGUUCCAGGAUGACAAUCUGAACACCAAUGGUGUGAAAGAGAACCGAGAGCUUGGUGCGAGACCCAAACAGAAUGGUUCCUGCAACUCACUGCGUGCCAUGGACGUCGACCCUCCACAGAGUUUGGUUGAAGGAGGGAGUGAAUAAUGAUGUACAGACUAGUCCAGUGCUGCUGUGUUUGUUACCUUAAUUCCAUUGAACUAAAUAGUGCAUAGAUUAUUGGCGAAAUACCCAAAUGUGGCCCAAUUUACACCUUGCAUUAACAUGUGUUUUCUGUGAUUGGAUUGCUAUCGGAGAGCAUUGGAUCACAUUAAAUGGCAGUUGUUAAUGCACCCAAGAUUGUGACUGGGUUGUGAUCAGAUAACAGAAACCACAUUUGGAGGUGGUCAGGGACAGAUUCUGAGCACAUUCAAAGAAAAUAUAAACACAACUGCCUUUUCAUAAUCCAGACACAACUAUGCAAGUAAUUAAUUGUGUGGUGAGGUUACGUGUUACAGUCAUCCGUUGUUAAAGUGCUGUGAUGUGGGUUAGGUUUGUUUUGCCAUCGCAAUGUGAAGAGCAACCGACACCGACAUCUUUCAACUUGUCACCCAAACAAUGAAAAAUAUCCCAUGAAUUAUUCCAUUUGAAUACAGUUGGAAUAUCUCUUUUCAAAUCCCACUCGUUCGUAUCUCUCUCCUGUUUUUUGUAAUCACCAUGUGGCAUGGGCAGCGUUUCAGAUGAAAAGCAUAUUUGGCUAAUUUAAUUUUAAGCCACCAAAAAUGUCCAAUGAGGGAAAUACCUGGACUGUAGUGAUUAAGUGAUGGAAAGCAUUUUAAUUAUCCAUCAAUGUUUUUAAAUUCGCUAAAAGAUGAAUAAUUUUCAGUUACCACAGCCUCUGAUUUAAUAUGUAAGUAGUGUUUUCCAUUUUAUGCUGUAUCGGAUCUCUCCCUCUCAUCACAGUGGAAAUGCGUUUGACUGCAAGGUGUGAGUGCAAUCCAGCUAAAGAAUAUCCAGAUCCUCUCUGGAUAUAAAACACAUGUUUAAGCAAAGUGUAAAUGGGGCCUUCAGUAAGGCUUACAGUAGGGAAAUAUCCAUGUAACUACUGAGCCUAAAGAAUUUAACACAUACUGUGAAGUCAAAAGGGAUUAUCAUCAUCCGAAGUUCCAUUAUUGUUAGUAAAUCCGUAGUUCAACCUCAUAUACUAAUUGAAAGCAAGCAAAUAUUACUACUACUGUGCACUGGUAACACAGAGUCAUCCAGUUGGCUUAUCAGGAUAUACAUGAAUUAAAGCAGUUUCUUUAGAAAAUUCUUACAUUAAUGGAGUCAUCAGUUUGAGAGAAACACUCCAUGCUCAAUUGUUAUUUGAAUUAUUGAAUUUAAAAGGACAUGAUCGCCUGUGAAAAUGCCUAAAUGAAUGCACUGAUAACAGUCAUUAGAGAUGCUGUGUCUGUUGCAUUUGGAAUAACUGAAUUAGUUACAUUGGCGACAGUUGUUGGGUUUUAUAAAUUAUUCCGAAAAAUAAUUUCCAGUUUGUCGCAUCACUGUUUGUAGAUGUUUUUCUAAAUAAUAUUGUUAUUGCUGUAUUAUUCUAUGAGUAUAUGAAGUGUUUUCAUGCCUUAAUUUAUGCAUUUGCUAAAUGUUUUGGGAUUGCUGUGAUGUUUUCUUUAUAAAUGUUUUUUAAGACAAGAAUUUGAAAUCACAGAUGUGUGUUGGCCAUUUUUUUUUUACCUAAUUCUGUACUGUUUUCAACCAAGUAAGCAAUCUCCAGUUAAUUGGGAGAUAUAACUUUUUACAAAUGGUUUAUUCCUAUGAUUGAGGCUACAUAGCUGUCCUUGUAUUGGCACUCAUCACUGUAUUUACCUAAUAAGAUAUUAUUUAAAGAAACCAAACCAAUUUUAUGUAUAACUCAAUUUUCUUCUAAUAACUAUAUUUGAGAUUAUAUAAUGUAUUCCUUUUAAUUACAUGUUGAAAUUUCUGAAAGCCAUAAAAUCUC